GGACUUGUAGUCCUGUCACGUGUCAGCGCUCUCUGCGGGAAGGUGUCAGGAACCACAGCGGACUACAGCUUCCGGCAUCCCCUGCGACUGCUCCUCCGCCGGUCACUCAGUCCGGACUCAGGCCGGAGAGAGGAUGUUAUCUGGGGCCACCGACACCCACAGCAAGCCGGGCCUGUACCGCUGGCGGAGGGAGAGCAAGGGGCCGGCCAGCAAGCCGGCAUUUGACUAUGACAAUGUGGAACACUGGAUUAAGCGGGUGGAGCAGGCCUCAGAGUUCGCUGUGUCCGAGGUGUUUGCCCCCAAGAAGCCAGCGCGCCGUGCGCAGAGAGAGCCGCGUCCAGUGCUGGACCUGGAAUCUACCGACCAGCUCCAUGAUCACGAUGACGCUUAUACUGAAGCCCAGGACCUGCUGAGCGAGUGGCUGAGUAAUAAGCUGACGCUGGAACUCGGAAGUGAAGAGGAUGAUGAGCCCGAAGAUGAUACCUCAAAGCCAACAAAACCGCCCCCUCCAGAGUUUGUCAAGUACAACAGGUUUGAUGAUCUCUAUCACUAUCUGGAGCAGGAGACGGAGAACUCGAACGCCCAGGAUUUCAUGCAGCAGCUUCUCCAGAAGGAAGUGGUUGAUUCUGGGAUAUUACGGAGCCUCCGAAGCGAUCAGAGCUGCAAACCCGCGAAGCGGCGAGACCCCAGAGUCACUAUGGAAGUGCGACACCAGCAGGUGAAGGAGAACCGGGCUCGUCGGCAGAGGGAGACGGAGAAGCAGCGGCAGACGGCGGCUCUGAAGAAGUCUGCGCUGACCCAGGCCCAGAAGCUGGUGCAGGAGGAGAGCAGGCAGAAAGCGCUAAGGGCCAAGAAAGAGGAUGAGGAGAUCCAGAGAGAGAUGGUGAAACUGCGCAAGGAAAUGAAUGAGCGCAAGAGAACCAUGGAGGAGGCCAGGAAAAUAGAGUGGGAGAGGCAGGAGCUGGAGAAUAAGAGGGCACUGGAGAGACUCCACACACCACCAGGCGGCCGGGAACAUGAGCCAGAGAGGAGGAGACUGGAGAAACACGCCAAGAUCCAGGAGCUGCUCAGCCAGGUCUAUGCCGAAAACCACAGGUGCCUCCAGAAGCACUUCUCCAUCUGGUAUAAGCUGGUUCUAGAGCGCAGGGUGAAGAUGGGCAAGGCUCGGGCUCUGGCCGACUGGAAGCAUCAGCAGAGGACAUUCCGUGCUUGGAGGCACCAUGUAUGGACAAGAAAGCUGGAACGGGAGACUCAGCAAAUGGAGGUGGAACUGAGGGACCAAAACAGGAAACAGCAGGUGGCGGCAGAGUGUUACCAGAAGCGGCUCCUGCGUCACUGCCUGACAGAGUGGCAGCUUUACUGUAGAGCGGAAAAGGAGAAGAGGGAGCUGGAAGCUCGGAAAGAGGAGACUAAAAGGAAGAUGGCGGCUCUACUGGACGCGGCAUCGUCUCUCGGGAGCCCCAAACCGAGAAGUGAGAAUCAGAUGGAGUUGAAUAAUGGCGCCAGUGAAACCACCGAGAAAGUGGUGGAAGAGACCCGAAGUGUAGCCAGCGAUUCUAGAACCCCUGUCAUCCUUCACAGGAACCCCCCAGAGAAGGUAACAUCGGCUCCCAGGCAUGCCUGGCAGGUGACGCGGCAACACGCGGCUCUCACAUCCGAUGAGCUGGAGCAGCACCGUCUGCAUACCCCGAAGACACCCCAGAGAUCAGGCCACCAGGGGAAACCCGCUUCCAGUGGGGAGAACUUUGAGAACCGACACCUCUUCCAGAAGGAGAUGAUUGAAGAGCAGAGGAGGCAGCUGGAGGAGCAGAAACAGAUGAUCCUGGGUCUGAUGGAGAACCAGAGGCUGAUGAUCUGCAAGCAGGAAGCCAAGCGAGCCAGCGCUGUGACCGCAGAACUGUCCGCACAAGUCAUUACACACAAUGGGAUGCACAGGGCAGGAGGUGACCCAUCAAUGGAGGGUCCCUCUCAUCGGAAACAGGAGGCACCUUGUAGUUUGCCGUUUCCCUCCGAACACUCAAAUACUAGUCCUGCCCAAAGCACCGUCUCCACUGCCAGGAAGAUCACCGGAGCAUCCUCUCCUCAUCCUGUGGUCAGAGCCAUGGAGGAGAGGGCAGCACAGCGAGCAGAAAGGAAGCGGUUACUGGAGGAGACGAGAAGGAGACGGGAGGAAGAGAAGUUGGCCCAGCUGAGGGCAGCAGAGAGUCAGAGGCUGGAGAUGGAGGCAGCGGAGAAGGAAAGUCAGCUGGAGAGGAAGAGAGAGGAGAAGCGGCUGCAAAGACAGAAAGAAGAGGAGAAGCAGAGGAGGCUGCAGCGGGAGCGAGACCUGAGUGAGAAGGCGAGGCUGCACCACGAGAAGAGGCUGCUGAAAUUCUGGGGCCUCGGACCUUGGAAGAAGCUGGUGGCGCAGUCCAGACAGGAUAUGGAGCGAGCGGCGUCACAUUACCGCCUGGUUCUGCUGAGAGGCGGCCUGCUGGGCUGGUUACAUGCAGUGAGAGAGAUGGAGGCCGAGAGGAACCAGCGGGCAGAACAGCUGGCGGACACCUUACUGCUACGCAGGACUUUCCAGCAGUGGAUGAAGUACAAGGACUAUCUAUCUGUCCAGGAGGAGAGAGCAGACCGGCGUCAUAAGGCCAAUCUGCGGAGAAAGACGUUCACCGCCUGGCUGAAUCUAGUACAAGAGGAGAAGCUGUCAAUGUGGGAAAAGCAGAGGAGUGCGGCAGAACAUAACCAGAGGCGAGUCCUCCUGACUGCGCUCAGGACAUGGAGCCACUUUCCAAAAUUUAUGAGAGAACUGAGGCUGAAGGAGGAGAGACGGCAGAUGCUGCGACAGAGAGUGGCAGAGAUUCUCCCCGACUUCCGGCUGGGACCUGAGAGCUGACGAUCAGGGAGGAUGGGUGACGCAGGUGCCGACUCCGGACACACUGACAGUACAGUCCUGUAUAAUAAGCCGACUGUUCUGCCUGGGAGGAGCGACGCUGAACAUACAGAGAGUGGGAUAUCUCCUUAGUGUGGAAAUAAAGCUCCGUUUUACUAUUUA